AUGGCGAAAUCUGGAUCAACCUCUGUCUCUGCCUCUGCAAAGGUUCACCCUUCCGUGGAUCCCGAACUGGAUCCCGACUCUUACGCCCUCGAGAAGUUCAGACUCUACGAAACCAGAGCGAGGUUUUACCUGAUUGGAAGUGAUCGGAACAAGAGGUUCUUCCGGGUGUUGAAAAUCGAUCGGUCAGAGCCGUCGGAUCUGAAUAUCAGCCAAGACCCCGUCCUGUAUUCGUCCCAGGAAAUCAAGAGCUUGCUUCAGCGGAUUGCUGAGGGUAACAGAGCCACUGGCGGCCUCACUUUCGUGGCUAAGGUUUUCGGGAUUGCUGGCUGCAUCAAGUUUCUCGAGUCGUACUACUUGAUUCUCGUUACUAAGCGUAGACAAAUUGGUUCAAUUUGUGGUCACGCAAUCUAUAGCAUCAAGGAAAGCCAAUUGAUAACUAUUCCACAUAUUUCAAUACAAUCUGAUUUAGCUCACUCUAAGACUGAGCUCAGGUACAAAAAGCUUUUGUCUAGUGUCGAUUUGACCAAGGAUUUUUUCUUUAGUUACACUUAUCCUAUAAUGCAAAGUUUGCAAAAGAACGUCUCUUCAAACGAAAAUGGAGGGAUGUCUUAUGAUAGUAUAUUUGUUUGGAAUGCCUAUUUGACACAAGCAAUCAGAUCAAGAUGCGAUAACACUAUUUGGACCAUAGCUUUAGUUCAUGGUCAUUUUAGGCAGGCUCAAAGUUUUCCUUCAUUCUCCCUGUCUUGGCUUGAUCACUUGGAUGAGAAUGAGCUUGGCAGAUACACUGUAGUCCUUGCCUCCAAUUCUUCUAUUUCUUUUGCAGGGACACGUUACUUGAAAAGGGGUGUGAAUGAUCGGGGUAGAGUUGCUAAUGAUGUUGAGACAGAGCAGAUUGUCCUUGAUGAAGAAGCUGGCUCUUGCAAGGGAAAAAUGAGUUCAAGGUAUGAUCCGACAUACCAGGCAACAAAAUUGCAUUUUGAAGACCUUGCUAAGAGAUAUGGCAAUCCAAUUAUUGUUCUUAAUUUGAUUAAGACAGUUGAGAAAAGGCCUCGGGAAAUGAUGCUGAGGCGUGAAUUUGCAAAUGCUGUUGGGUAUCUGAACCAAAUUCUACCGGUAGAGAACCAUCUUAGAUUUAUUCACUGGGACUUUCACAAGUUUGCAAAGACCAAGUCUGCCAAUGUUUUGGCAGUUUUAGGAGGUGUAGCAAGUGAAGCGCUUGAUUUAACUGGUUUUUACUACAGCGGUAAACCCAGUAUAAUAAAGAGGGCCAACAAGAGCAAUCGAUCAAGCACAGGGAGGGAUACUUCACUGAGAGAUCUGAGAGCUGGUUCUGGAGAUCUUGUGAGAAUUGGGAACAGUAAUGAUAUGUUAAAUUCUGGGGUUAAUCGAGACAGAGAGACUGACAUGAACCAUCAGAAUAAAAAAGAUAAUUUUAGUAGUGAUGCACCGUAUUUUCAGAGUGGAGUUCUCCGAACAAACUGCAUUGAUUGCUUGGACCGUACAAAUGUUGCACAGUAUGCAUAUGGUCUUCAAGCUUUGGGACGCCAGCUCCAUGCAAUGGGUUUGACUGAUGUGUCAAAAGUGGAUCCUGAUAGUAGUAUUGCUGCAGCUCUAAUGGAUAUGUAUCAAAGCAUGGGGGAUGCUCUCGCUCAACAGUAUGGUGGUUCUGCAGCUCACAAUACUGAAGGGAAACCUGCUCUCUGGGAGCUGGAUUCAGAUUAUUAUCUCCAUGUAUCUGGGGUUGGGGAUGAUCUAAUUCCUGAGAAGUGUUCUGAACCAAAUCCCAAGCCUCUUGGAAGAGGUGGAAUGGUGUUCAACCCGAUACCAGCUUGCAGAGAAGACUUCUUACGCAUAAAGUUGACAUCAUUUGACAAGUUAAUUGAAAAGACCUGUAGCACAAUUAAAAAUGUGAGACUAUGCUCUGAACCUGAUCGGAGACCAGGUGGGAGCUCUGGAAACAGUGGAGUGGCACCUGAUGCAGCUGAAAUACAGCUCAAAAGCCCAAAUUGGCUUUUCGGCCAGAGAAAGUAUGAAGAGGGUUCCUCUGCUGCAAAAGUAGCUUCUCGUGAAACUGACGAUGAAGGAUCUCAUGCUAUUGGAUUUUGUGACUUGAAUUGGCUUUCCUGUGGCAGUGAUAUGAAUGAAGAGGAUGUUUUCCAAAGGUCACCCCAAACCCAUUUGUACCUUAUAAUGACCUCGGCAAAUGAGGCCAAUGGUUGGUAUGGAGGUAGCCUCCUAGGCGAUCAAGACGAAAACAGUGAGGUAUAUAAACAUUAUGCCGAGCUAUGUCAGGGACCGGGCUUGGAACUUUUCCAAAAUGACUGUGAGAGGGAGCAACACUACGCAGAUGCUUUAAGCACGAGUUCAUAUGAAAUUGUUAAUGAUACCGCCGUUGAGGCAGAAAUGGAAGCAGCUCUAAAGGAGUAUGACCAAGUUGGUGCUGACCUUGGGAUCAUUCCCAGAUCUUGUAAAUUCUUUGCUGAUGAUCCGAGCUGGCUUACAAGAUGGUUAAUUGGGGAGGAAGAAGUACAAAAUAUAUGA